CCGGAGCAGGAAGCUUCCUCUCCGCCAGACUGCCAUGAGCACCGAGCAGUUACACCGCGAUGUCCACACCCUCCGACACCGCCAUGAAGACGUCGCCAGUCAGCAAGCGGAGCAACAGAGCAGCCGGUGAUUAGACUCAAGCUGGUAGUCUUCGCGCCAUGAAGGAGCUGAAGGGCUGCGGUAUGCGCUCCUCCGUUGGCUUCCUGUCCCGCCGAGAGAUGACCGGACAGCCGCUCAUGAAGGAGGAGUUCCAGAGGCGCAGGCUGGCCGGCUGCUCCAGCCUCUACAAGAAGGACAUGCUGGGACACUUCGGCUGCGUCAACGCCAUCGAGUUCUCCAACAACGGCGGCGAGUGGCUGGUGUCUGGUGGAGAUGACCGUCGAGUGUUGUUGUGGCACAUGGAGCAAGCCGUCCACGCUCGCUCCAAGCCGCUGAAGCUGAAGGGCGAGCAUCUGUCCAACAUCUUCUGCUUGGCCUUUGACAGCACCAACAAGAAGGUCUUCUCCGGAGGAAACGACGAGCAGGUGAUCCUUCACGACGUGGAGCGGAGGGAGACUCUCAACGUCUUCCUGCACAUCGACGCCGUGUACAGUCUGUCCGUAAGCCCCGUCAACGACAACGUCUUCGCCAGCUCGUCCGACGACGGACGCGUCCUCAUCUGGGACACUCGCGAGCCGCCACACGGAGAGCCGUUCUGCCUGGCCAGCUACCCGUCAGCCUUCCACAGCGUGAUGUUCAACCCCGUGGAGCCCAGGCUGCUGGCCACCGCCAACUCCAAGGAAGGUGUGGGAUUGUGGGACAUCCGCAAGCCACGCAGCUCGCUGCUACGCUACGGCGGCAGCAUGUCUCUGCAGAGCGCCAUGAGCGUUCGCUUCAACAGCACGGGCACGCAGCUGCUGGCUCUGCGGCGCCGCCUGCCGCCCGUCCUCUACGAGCUGCACUCACGCCUGCCCAGCUUCCAGUUUGACAACCAGGGCUACUUCAACUCCUGCACCAUGAAGAGCUGCUGUUUCGCAGGCGACAGAGAUCAGUACAUCCUGUCUGGGUCGGAUGACUUUAACCUCUACAUGUGGAAAAUCCCCAGGGACCCUGAAGCGGGAGGCCCAGGUCGUGUGGUGAACGGGGCCUUCAUGGUCCUGAAGGGUCACCGCUCCAUCGUGAACCAGGUUCGCUUCAACCCCCACACCUACAUGAUCUGCUCCUCCGGGGUGGAGAAAGUAAUCAAGGUGUGGAGUCCGUAUCAGCAGCCCGACAGCCUUGGCGACCUUGAUGGCCACGUGGAGGACAAGUCCCGCAGCCUGUACACGCACGAGGAGUACAUCAGUCUGGUUCUGAACAGCGGCAGCGGUCUGUCCCACGACUACGUGAGCCAGUCCAUCCAGGAGGACCCUCGUAUGAUGGCGUUCUUCGACUCGCUGGUGCGGAGGGAGAUCGAGGGCUGGAGCUCAGACUCGGACAGCGACCUGAGCGAGGAGGCCAUCAUGCAGCUCCAUGCUCGCGGCCGCCGCUCCGCCCGCGCGACGGCAGCGACUCCGCCCGCGCCCUCGGCCGCAGGUCACCGCAGCGACUCCGAGAAUUCCAGCUCCUCCUCCCUGGCGGGACCGGAACCCUCCGGAGGCGAGGAGCGAGCCGGCACAGAGAGCGAGGGGCGGUCCAGAAGGCGGAGCAGACCUCAACGGCAGCAGUCGGGCUUCCAGGUGAACGACGACUCGGACUCCAGCGAGUUCUGGCUGGACCCCAUGCCGCGUCCUCGCUCCCCGAGCCCCCGGGACUACGCCACCCUCUCCAUACCGUCCUCCACCUCCCCCUCGCUCCUCGCCGGGGCCUCCAGCUCCUCGGCGACCACGUCCAGCUCCAGCAGCGAGGACGAAGAACGGCGCAGCGCAGUGAGGCGCCGCAAUGUGAUGAGGCGACACCGUCGUAUGCACGCAGUCUCUCGGGCCGGGGAGCGACCUGACUCGGUGCAGGCCUUGUUCUCCGCCAUCGACUCCUGUAGCUACCCAUCCAUCUCGGUGGACGACCUGACGUCCUCGUCGGGUGAGGAACAGAACGCCUUGCAGAUGGAGGAAAAACGUCUCAUUCUGGCAGACUUUGUGUGCGGUAGCCCCGUCAUGUCCCCCGCCAGUCUGAACGGGAACCAGCGGACCGAAGGGAUGGCGGAGUCCAACCCAGAGGGGGCGGCGUGCAGCGGCGUGACUCAAAGCGGCCCAGGAGUCUAUGGGCGGCACCGAACCACGGCGCCAGGCGACAGCGCCUCCGUUGUGUCAGAGGAAGAGGACGGCGUCAUGGCGGCCGAGAGGCUGAAAGCAGGCACACAGAAACGGACCCACGUGGGACCAGAAGAAGGAGACGGCGGGUCAUCGCCCUCGGAGAAGAAGCUGAAAACUUAGCGAGCGCACUCCUUUGCCACUUUUGUCGUCAUUACUUUUUUCCUGCUGACAAAAGCAGUCGUCACACAAGCACCGCCCACAACGUGGAGCUGCUAGACUGAUGGAGGACUUUUUUUUUUUUUUUUGACAACUUGAGCGUACGUGAAGGAUGAUUUUAGUUUGAUACGAUGCAUUCGAUGUUUCUGCUGUGUUGACCCCGCCCCUGAGGCAGCCAUCUUCCUUUUCCUUCCAUUAAAAAGCCUCAUUUCUUCUCCCACACUUCCUUCCUUCAGCAUUUCAGCUCCCAAUGCUAACUCAUGCUAAAGUCUCCUUGGGAACUGGCGUCGCUCUCGUUUGUACCAUUUUCAUGGAGGUAAUAGUCGCUGGAGUUUCACUAAUAUGCUGCCCCCUACUGGCAAAGUGCCAGAGGUGUCACAUAUUGGUGUAUUUUUGAUUAAAAACAAAAAAAUCGGGUACCUCUGUUUUUGCAGCUCAUUCGUUUCAAAAGGAUGAAAACCUUUCCUAUAGGAAAUAUUGCAAAUCCAAUUAAUGAUUAUUAAUUAUAGUAAUACAUAUUAAUUAUAUUAUUUAUUCAUAAUUUAAAUUAAUUACUGUGAACAAAAAUCCAGAAAAAUAGAAUAAUUCUGCUUAUACAUUUAAAAAGUGUAUUUAGAAGGUGGUUUACAGGUUUUCUAUGUCUUAUUUUCUCUUGUGUCUACUAUAUUGGGUAAUAGGAGUGUAAAGGUGACUAUAGGGGUGUUAUUUCAUGUCUAGAGGGCUCUAAUCAUGUUAAAAAGCCUAUUCAAAAGGUCUAGAAGGAAUCUGAUGGUGGAAUUCACUUAUGGUUGGAUCUGGAACCAAUUAUAUUUCAACUCUGCUACUAAAAUGACGUUUUCUUUCCAAAAUAUUGCGUGUUUAUUCUCGUAAAAUUGCCUGUUUUCUUGUUCGAAUAUGAUUUUUUUUCUUUUAAUAUUCUGCCGCUAUUUCCUUAAAAUGAUAGCCCUUCUCAUUUCUCUUUCUCUUUUCUUGACUAUAUAAGCUAUUAUAUGAACGAUAUGCAACAAUAUGCUAUUAAAGUGACAUUAUUUUUCCUCAUAUUAUGGCCUAAAUCUUGUAAAAUUGCGACUUUCUCGUUGGAUUACUUUUUUUCUCUCUAAAUAUUUAGACUUCAUUCCUAUAUAACUUUUGCCUAACCUAAUUUCCCACAAGUUACAAUUUACUACUUUUAAAACUAUACAGUAGUACCUCGCAUAACAUAAACCUCCUUUUACGUAAAUUCCACUGAACAUAAAGAAUUUAUGUAAAGUUUUUGCUUCGUAUUACAGAAGAAAUUCCAUAUAACAUAAAGCGUCAAGUCAGUGCAAGUCUUUUUUUUUUUUUUUUCCAAUCAACUUUAUUAAUGCCUCAAGUCGGUGCAAGUUCAGACUAACACUUGGUGACGCCUUCUGACGCAUCACGCUCUCAUUGGCUGAUUUUCGAGGCACCGCCUCCGCUCUCAUCUCAUUGAUUGAUUAUCAGGGCACCGCCUCUGCUCUCAUCUCAUUGGCGGAGUUAUACAGCACGUACGUGAAUUUGUGUGAGACAGGCUUGUCUCUUCAAACUCCUUCCUCUUGGUAGUCCCCCUGAAACUAACUUUUAAAUUAACGAACAAUUAAGUUAAGUUACAAAUUAAAAUUUUGCACACAGCAUUAUCGUGUAGUGCGUGUGUGUUUGUCUGUGAGACCAGCUGACUCUUAGACUCUUUGAGUCGCGUUUCGCCUCAGGCUAGUCCUCCUCCUCCUUCCUGCCUCCACUUGCGCUCCUGAUCAAGACAUCUCGUGAACGGUAGGAUUGUUUCUGUUUUUCAAUUUUAUUCAUUUACAGUAAUCUUAUUUAUUACCUUAUUUUAGAUUGGAAUGUUACUCUACUAUGUUUAUGCUAACGUUUUCUUAUAUUUACCCACCAUAUUUGGUGGACUUUGAAUAUUUUGAAGGGCCAAAGGUGUGAGUUUGGGAAGAUCUUGGAACGGAUUAGGCUAUUUACAUGUAUUUUACACUUCCUAUAACAUAAAAUCCCUAUAACAUAAAGGUUCUCGGAAAGGAUUAUUUACAUUGUAGGGGCGUCUACUGUACUUUUUUCGACGCUAGUAAAAUGAUUUUCCCUCCUAUUACAAGUUUAUUCUUGUAAAAUUGCCUAAUUUUUUUGUCAUUACAAUAUGAACUUUUCUCUUAAUAUUUUGACUUUAUUCUCAUAAAAUUACAGCCUUUUUUCGCUUCUGCGAAAUGUAAAAUGUACCAAAUGUUAAUUUCUCCGAAUAUUACGUUAUUCUCAUAAAAUUGCGGCUUUUUUACAGUUAGAUGACUUUCUUGCUCUGAAUUUGCAAAUGAUAUACAACAUAUCCACUGCUCUUGUGUGGCUUGUGUGACCUUUGCCAACGUGUUGAUUGAUAUUGAAUGGUUCUCUUAAGAGCACGAUAAGAACCGAUUUCCGUUUGCAUACAAGAACUGCUCCUUCUUCUAACAUACAGUCAAACCUGUCUUAGCAGCCACGGCCACCUGCCUAUGGCAGCCACUGAAAAAUCCCCCCCAGCAAAUGUACAUGUUAUAGACCCUGUGUAUAGCAGUCACCUGUCCAACGCGGCCAGCGGCCACCCAUUUUGUCUCCCUUGGUCAAUAUCUGACUGCAUAUAGCGGCCAAAUUACAGACUCAAGCAGAAGCUUCAUGCACGAAAAAGUUUCAUUUUUCAAUCAAUAAAGCCGUCGAGUGUAGACUUUAAUUACUGAGUCCUAGCUCAGUCACAAUCAUUCACAAGAUCCACACAAACUGUCAGUUGUUCCACAUAAAAAGCCGUCUUCUUUUGAGCUUGCUAUUUCCUGGUCAAACAUGUAACUUUAAGAGCAUUUGCACCAAAACAUUACCGCAAAGUAGGCUGGGAACAGGACGUGCUCCCAGCGACGCUACAAUA